GUACUUCCUCUGCGAGAUCAUCUCUGAAGACCCUCGCUGUCGGCAGUUCAUUGAGGAGCGCAUAGUGCACAAUACGGUGAAGAAUGCAGUUGCAAGAAUACAUGGAGACUUUGGAUUCGCCUGUUGCUCUAUUGCUUUUUCAGUAAAAUACCUGAAUGCCUACACCGGAGUGGUUCUCUUCUGUUGCCGGAAAGUUUUUUAUCGGCUUUUGUGGUCGUCCCUUCCUUUUAUUACUCACUUAGAAAAUAGGAGCCAACACUGUCCCUGCUCUUUUAACACACUUCAUGUUGGAGCAACAAUACGAACCUGUCAGAAAUUCAUCAUUCAGUACAACAGGAACCAGCUCCUGCUGCUGUUACGGAACUGUACCAGUGAAGCCGAUAUAGAAGCCAUCCAGAAGUCGGUCCAGAGCUGUGUGCUUGUGGGAGUGGAGCGGUUUCAGAGUGAAGAGGAAGAGAGUGAGGAGAAUCUGGAGAUGGACUGAAUUACAUCGCCCCUGAAGUGCUUUAGGCAAGGAGUGCUUCUCAAGGGCAAUAUACACAGAGUUUUACACCUCUGUGUUUAUAAAACUAGCUGAAGCUGUGUGUAUUGUACCAGUUUUCCCCCCACAGGUCUCUGCUCCUCUUUGCUCAAAGACAGAGGAGGGGAGGGAAGCUUUUGACUCCUAGGAAAUCCACACGGGCUGGAGACUGGGUGGAAUUCAUGGGGUCAUCCUUCUGCCUCCUCGGUGCAGCACAUAGAAGUGUUAUUUCCAGAGGAGCGAACUGGAGGUUGUUUUCUAAGCAUGGAUUUAGUGUAUUUGCUGGAAAACUUAAGACCAUGAAUGCACAGAGACAGCCCAACAGUGGGAUCACUAGUGGAUUUGCAGAGUGCAGUUAGCAAGUGCUGCAACUAUACUAUAAAUCUUUAUUACGGUCAAAGACCAGCAAUACACAUUACUUUUUACAAUAUGUUAAAAAGUACUGACAUUAAAAUAUAAUUAAAAAGUAUUGAUGUUAAAAGUGGAUAAUAAUAUACAUGGUCUCAAAUUGUUCGAGUCACUCCCUGGUUUACCUGGGUGCAAAUCCGAUAAGUAUGGGAGUAAACACAAUGGUCCAGAAAUUUGUUAGAGAUCUGUCCAGAUAAUUGGUA